AUGGGAGCAAAUCAAUCUACCAUUAAAUCCUAUGACUUAUCAAAUAAAGUUGUUAUAAUUACUGGUUCUACAGAUGGAAUUGGUAAAAGUCUGGCUCGCAUAAUCUCUUCAUAUAAUCCAAAACGUCUAAUCCUACCAAUUCGCAACCGUGAAAAAGGCAAAAAGCUCAUAGAAUAUAUUCAAAAUUCUCAAGAUGGAAAGGUCGAAUGUAUUGAAUUAUGGGAUAUAGAUUUUGCAAAUUUACGUAGCGUAAAGACUUUCGCCAAUAAAUUUAUCACGGAAGUUGGUGAAUUGCACUAUUUAUGGAAUAAUGCUGGUGUGUAUUCUCGUGCUUUGUAA